GGGGAUUUUGUCCUCUGUGCAGUGACCAGCAGUGAGGACUCUGUGGAACGUAGAAACAAAGAACAGCCUCCCAAAGCUUCCACCUCAGCACUGAAAAGAAAACCAGAGUCUACGAACUUAAGAAAGUCAUCUACAUCUGGAAAGAAAACUUGCAAAAGAGUGAGAACUCCUGAAGCAUCUUCGGGGGUCAAUGAAAAGCAGAAGCUCCCAGAAGCCGGAGGCUCUGCAGUGAGAACUGGUGCUGACCAGGAGGGUUUUGUGGAUCUUGGAAACAAGUCUGCUUUACCAAACCCCAAGAAAAAAAGAAGGGCAAGACAGCAGCCGGGCGUGUUUGUGAAUUUUCAUGCUCAAAUACUUCCUGUGACCUGUGGGGAGAUGAGGGGGCUGUUAAUUAAGAGGAAAUUUGAACAAGGAGCCACAAGAAAGUGCAUAAGAACUGAAGAUGGAACCUGGCUCACCCCCAGGGAAUUUGAACUCAGAGGAGGCUACCAAUCAUAUAACUGGAAGACCAGCCUGACCUGUGGUGGAAAAACCCUAAAAGAGCUGAUAAAGCUUGGAUGUAUGUGUUCACCUCCCAUUACACGUGAAACCCAAAACAAGGAGGAAAACUCAGACAAAUGCAAGAUCUGCCAGGAUGGAGGAAAGCUCUUCUGCUGUGAAAAUUGUCAGAGCUUCUUUCAUGGGGACUGUCACCUCCCAGCUGUGGACACAAAGAGGAAAGGUUGGAAUUGUACCUUCUGCACAAUAGAAAAUUCUUCUCGAAGUCUGCAGUGUUACAGCGAAUCUGAGGUCCUGGAAAAGCAGAUGGGGCAUGAAAAGUUGAAAUGUGAGUUCCUGCUCUUAAAGGUCUAUCACCAUUUAGAGAGCAACAUUUUCCCAAAUAUUCCACAUGGAAAUUAUGUUGCAAAGGCUUCUCAAUAUCUAGGGAAACUUAGGAAGUUGGACAUAAUCAAGAAGAAACUAAUCAUGGAAAAUUACUGCAAAGUGAAAAGUUUUAAGGAGGCCAUGGACAAAUUUUUUCAGGACCCCGUGUGUGAGAAAUUACACUUAAACCAAGAGGAUUUUAUGAAGAAUUUCAGAAAGGUCUUCAGUAUUCAUGAAACAAAUUAGAACUGUGCACUGGUGCAGUGCGUGCUCUUGGCACUCUGAAACAUCACGCUGCUUUCUGCAGAUUUUGUAUCUCUCUGCUGCUAUGAGCUUGGCUGCCAACACCACCUCUACCCAGUGUAUUUCUUUGGGCCAAAUUGAGCCAGAUUCACCUGAAUGUUACAUGUCUUUGGCCUGGGGGUUGGUUCCCACACCAAGGUUGAACCAACCAUGUUCAGUGAUUCAUGUUUCCAUGUCCCCCAGAGACUAGAGCUAUUAUGCAGCUGUGACCACGUCCUUGCUUAUCUUUCUUCUCCAUGGCAUCCUGCUUCCCUUACCCUUCUCCUCCAGAGAGAAUUCUUACAAUAAAUCAUGUAUUCAAGAGA